CUCCGCGCGCACAUCGCCGCGCAGCUGCGGGCGCUGGGGCCCGAGGCGGACAUCGCCGCGCCCGCGGGCUGCGACGAGGACCUCUGGGUCGACAUCCACGUCGUCGACUUCUGCAACGAGGUCGACGUGCUCUGGCGGAAGGUCGACGACCGCUGCGCCGCCAAGUGCGGCGACGCGCCCAUGCGCGCGGGCAACCGCGUCUACGACUGGUGCGACGGCGAGCCCGCCUUCGCGGCGCGGACCUUCGAGGCGGCCGUCGAGAUGACGUCCGACGCGGCCGUCUUCCCGCCGCUGGAGCACGCGGCCUACCCGGCCGCGUUCCGGCCCGCGGCGAAGGCGCUCUGCGGCCGCCUCUGCGCCAUCUACGCGCACAUGUACCACCGGCACUUCGCGAAUUUCGUCGAGACGCACAGCCACGUCGCCGUGAACGCGUUCUUCAAGCGCUUCGUCGUCUUCUCGCUCCGCCACGACCUCAUCGGGCCGGCGGACCUCGAGCCCGUCGCCGAGCUCGUGCAGAACCUGCUC